CGGGGAACACUCUGUUUUCCCGACUGAAGGUAGGGCUCUGUUGGAUCUUUUGGAAUCUCUGAACCGAUGGCUCCUAUGACUCGCUCGUUGCCUUCCCUCCAUUAAAAUGAUGCCAUCUUUCACCGCUUUUUAGCCUAUUGUUUUAGGGUUUCCAUUGUAAUCUCUCCCUUCUUUCUCUCUGUCUUACACCGGUGCCUCUUGGUUUCUAGCCCUGCAGAGGUCGAAUUCAGGAUGUUUCAGAAACGAGCUUGGUCAUGAGGAUUUGGGGGUUUCUUAAAACCCAACUUGAAAUCGCUAAGACCCGUUCAGAAUUUGAGUGUCUUCACUGAGAAGAUACUGCAAAUUAUCAUCCGGGUGGAGGUGAAAAAUUCGUGUCUAUCGGUUCUCGGUGUGAUUCUGAUUGCUUGGUUUUGUCUAUUUUGGUGGUUUGUUUUUAUACAAUGGACGAUGGGGAGCUUGAUUUCUCGAACCAAGAAAUGUUCUCAAGUACAAAUGUUGGUGAUCUUCCAAGCAGUUGCUCUAUGGACAGCUUCUUUGAUGAUAUACUAAAGGACACACAUGCCUGCACUCAUACCCACACUUGCAACCCGCCGGGCCCCGAUUUUUCUCACACCCACACAUGCUUUCAUGUGCAUACCAAAAUUUUACCUGCCCCCUCCGAGGACAAAGUUUCCACUGAUGAUACAGCAGAGUCACUGGAAAAGAAAUCGAAGAAGCGCCCUUUAGGUAAUCGUGAAGCAGUUCGAAAGUAUCGGGAAAAGAAGAAGGCCCGUGCUGCAUCUUUAGAGGAUGAAGUUGUAAGGUUGAGGGCUUUGAACCAGCAGUUGCUGAAGAGAUUGCAGGGUCAAGCUGCCCUGGAGGCCGAGAUUGCAAGGCUCAAGUGUUUGCUUGUAGACAUUCGAGGAAGGAUAGAAGGGGAGAUAGGAUCAUUUCCUUAUCAGAAGCCUGCCAAGACUGAUGUGUACCAAAACAUGGGUACUCCAAACUUGCCAGCUUCAUAUGUGAUGAGUCCAUGUAAUAUGCAGUGUGAUGAUGAUGUCUACUGCCUACAUCAAGGGGUGGAAGGAAAAGGUGUGGAAGGUGCCCGAUUAAAUGGUCAAGGCUAUAGCAGUUGUGAAUUGGAGAAUCUGCAGUGCAUGGGGAAUCAGAAUGAUGGGCUGAAGGAGUUCCCUAGUUGUGGACUGGGAAAUGUAACUUCUACAGGCAAUUCUUCUGGUGCAAACAAAAGAAAAGGAGGGAGUCGUGCAGCAACAGCUGGUUAAAGCUAAUAAGGAGCAUGUUGGUUGCUUUGACAUCUCACAAUAAGUAGCUCUGCUGGAGUUAUCAUGUGUUCUUCCAGUUCUAUUUCCUUUUUCUCUACCCUGCUGUCGGGCUUUAGAGCUUGAUCUAUUAUUCGUAUCGUGCUCGACAAUAUGUACAUUUUACCGCCCUUGAGUUGUUAGUUUCUCAAUCUGCAGCAUUCAGUCUUAGGUCAACCUAAAUAUUUUGAAGUGAGAAUGCUUGACGGCAACGUAUAAGCUGGUAGGACUUUUGGUAGAGGCCAAUUUUUUGUAUUUUCAUGAAGCUCUACUAGUAGCCGUUCUGUUCAAGCCUCCUCGUUUAUUUUAGUGGCAGAUGAAUUAUUCUGGGUUGAAAGUACUUGAUUUAUUUUGCUGUUUCUCUUUCCA